GUCGAGAGAGAAGCAACGCGAUCUGGGAAGCGGAAGCGGGGGCCAGGGCGUUGCCAGCAGUGCCAGAUGCAUGCACAAUGCAUUCACAAGCAGCACAGCACUAACCAUCGCCAUAAUGGUGCCAAGGCGUACAACCGCGACGAGAGCCACCACUCUGCCAGUGCUGGCGUGGGCACUGGGAAUCCAUCCCCGUGUCGCGCAAGCCCGGAUCUGGCCACCCUUCUUCGGCCAACAACAACAUUCAUUUCACUCCUCCCACUUCGCCACCAGCACACACUCGUUCACCAUGGGCAAGCAGCAACCCGUCACAAUGGAGGAAAAGUACAUCCUCGGCAACGACGGCACUCCCUUCUACACCCGCGAGUACUACCCCACUGACGGCCGAACGCCAGAUGCUUUCAUUCUUUUCCACCAUGGCUUUGCCGAGCACAUUGGGCGGUAUGAUGCCUACUUCCGCCUACUUGCUGCCGCACCGCACAACCUGCACAUCACUGCGUUCGACUCGCGCGGGCACGGCAAGACGAGCCAGCAACCGCUAGCUGCGGACGCGCCAGAGAUCAAGAAGUGGCGCGACGAGGGUCUCACCGUCGUACCAGAGAAGGGACAGAAGCACCGCACCGGCGGGUGGGCGCGCCAGCUUCCAGACUUCGAGUUCAUGGUUAAGCGCGAGGCCAAGCGCGCCCAGGCGGCAGGGCGCAAGCUGUUCCUCUACGGCCACUCUAUGGGUGGCGGACUGACUCUGGGCUUUUGCACGCGUGGAAAGCAUGGACCGCCCGCUCCCGAGACGCUCAAGCUUGUCAGCGGCAUCAUCGCCUCGGCGCCGUUCAUCCGGCAAACCAAGCCCGCCGGCUUCCUCCAGCUCAAGGCUGGCAACCUCGCGGCGGCCAUCGGCCUCGGCAACUUUGUCAUUCCCAUCCCGCUGGAUGUUAAGGACUUUACCAAGGACCUCGAGGUGCAGGAGAGGACUGCCAAGGACCCGAUGUGCGCAGCGUACGGAUCACUCAAGUCCCUCAGUGACAUGAUCUCGUACGGUGCAAGUCUUGACACCCACGCUGCCUGGGAUGCCUUCCCGCAGGACCUGCCGCUGCUGAUUGUUCACGGCGGCGAUGACCAGGUUGCGGACCCCAAGGCGGCGGUGCGCUUCGGCGACAUGGUCGUCGCCAAGGACAAGACGACCAAGGUUCUUCAGGGUCUCUUGCACGAGCCGCACAACGAGCUAGCUCCAGAGCCUGCCAAGCUCGCCGACCUCAUCUCAAACUGGGUUCACAAGCGCAUUGGGGAAACGGUGACGCCAACCGUGACAUCCUCGGCACCCGCGUCGGCUACGUCCGCGCCCGAGGCCGAGACGGAGAGCCCACGGCUGAGUCUGCCAAGUUGCCGGAGAAGCCGUCCGCAGCCAAGUUGUAGUACCAAUCCAAGGAUCCAUUAGCUACGGACAAUGUAUAUGUAGGAAGCG